AUGUUGGACGGAGAAGCUGAAGGAACUGACUAUUUUGCAACUGCCGGUGCAAUGGCCCGGUAUGCCCAACGAUUUGGUGCAUUAGCUAUAGAACUGGAACACCGAUUCUAUGGCCAGUCGGUACCGACCGAGGAUCUAUCGGUCGAUAAUUUGCGAUACCUGACCGUCGAACAGGCGCUCAAAGACACGGAUGAGUUUAUCAAGUUUGCUAACAAACAUCUAUCGUUGGACAGUAGUAGUAGUAAAUGGAUAGUAUUUGGUGGAUCAUAUUCGGGAAAUCUGGCCGCUUGGUUUCGGGAAAGAUAUCCGCACGUAGUGGCCGGUUCGGUGGCCAGUAGUGCACCGGUUAAUGCUGUCUACGAGUUUCAGGGAUAUUUUACGGGUGUUAGCCAAUCGUUGGGCACCGAGUGUACCAAUCAGAUCAGAGAAGCUGUUCGCCAAUUGUAUGAUCAGUUGAAGACACCGGAGGGCUGUCAGGCCAUUAGCAAACUGUUCAAUUUGUGUACGCCAUUGAAUGGGACAGCCGUCGAUAUCGAUUCACUGCACAAUAUGAUGAUCCAGUUGUUGGCAGCGUUUGGUGUGGCCGCACAAUACGAUGGCCGGCCAUAUACAAUGGGUGUCAGUGAGGUAUGUGCAAUCAUGACCACCACCACCAACGAUACUACUGGGUCGACACCAUUGGACAGAUGGGCCAAAUUGAGUGCUAAAUAUAGCAAAGGUCAGUGUGUGGCCCACGACUACAAUGAAAGUAUUAAAGAUCUGAAAAAUACAUCAAAAACAUCCCCAUCGGUAAAAGCCGGCGUGAGACAAUGGUAUUACCAAAUGUGCGCUGAGUUAGGCUUAUUUAUGACCACUGGCCUCGAGGACAGUCCGUUCGGACAAAACUCGAUUCCAUUAGAAUUUUUUACUAAACAAUGUGUGGAUAUCUAUGGCAAACAGUUUAGCCCUGAGUUCAUACAGACGGCCGUUAACAGGACUAACCGUUUGUACGGCGGUUUCAAACCGGACGUUACAAACGUUGUGUUUACUAACGGUGCUGUCGAUCCGUGGCAUGCGUUGAGUGUAUUGACGGACUUGAAUCCGACUACCCGUGCUAUUUACAUGAAUAGUACAUCCCAUGGGGCAGAUAUGUUGCAAUCGCUACCCAAUGAUCCCCAGGAGCUGACCGAUGCCCGGCUGGCCAUUGAAAAACAGUUGCAAUUGUUUUUGCAAUAA